CAGAAUUUGUUUAUCAUAUCGUCCGCAUCAAUGUCGCUUAUCUUUUUCUUCUCUCGAUAUACAUGCAUUCCAUUCAUUCAAAGACAGCUGUUACUCGUUUCACCUCUGUCCACAUGCAUUGCAUCAACAUGCACACGAAGUACCUACAGGCCAUCUGCCCGCUGCUCAUGCUAUCCAGCCAGCCAUCCAUCCAUCCAUCACGUGGUUGGAUCAUUCAUGUGUUGGUCUGCCCCUGGCUCAUGCCAUGCCGGCGACUGCCUUCUUGACGGGCCCCACGGUGCACGAGUUGACCUUGGCUGCGAAGCGGAGGGAGUUGAGGGUCUCGUUGAGGUGCAUGGCCAGGGGAGACACAUUCACAAACAUCAACGUCUUCGAAUCGCCACCUGCAGCCCCCCAGCCAUAGACAGACAGACAGACAUUCAUGCGGAUGGGCCCUUCUUCUCUCCGUCUGUGUGUGUGUGUGUGUGUGUGUACCGAGUGAGUCCUUGAGAAGCAUGGUGAGUUUGGAGUUGCGAUAGGGCACGUGGCCCACACCACUGCUACCCUUCCCAGACGCACCACCACGGCCACCUGCAUGCGCAAAUGGCCACAUCAUGUGCACAUGGGAUGUGCGUGGCGUGCAUCUGGCUGGCGGUCUGACUGACUGACCCAUGGGGGUGGGUGGCCUCUUCUCCCCGAGCGCACAGAUGACAUCUCCCAGUGCGCUGAGGCUCCUGUUGAUGCUCUGCGUCUCGCGCAGGCGGUCCCCCGUCACCUGAGACUUCUCCACACGCUCAGAACCCGCCAAAUCAAUCUGACACACACACACACACACACAGUGACGACAAUGGACAAAGGGUGCGGAUCUUAAUCCUUCCUGCUGGCUGACCAGCGAGAGCAGGCCGCCGACACUGGCGUUGCCCUGGCUGGCAUCUUCGCCCAGGAUACGCAGCUGAAACACACUGAAUGAUACAUAGAUGGAUGGAUGGAGAACACACACAUACACAUGGAAUCGACGGCCGGCCGUGUGUCUGUUUGGGGUAUGUGUGUGGUGUGUGACCUAUGGCUACGGGAGCUGCGGGCGUUGCAUCGGGUCUCGGCUGUGGCACUGAAACCAAGGAAGGACACAAUGAAUAUACAUAGAUGAGACGAUCAUGAUUGAUAUGCGUGUAGGCUGCGCUGCCUACAGACCGGUUGCCGUGGGCCUGGAUGAGCAGCUGGUGCACCUGGUGGGGGGCCGUCACGGGCACUGCAUGGCAUGGAUGACACACAGAUCACACACACCAUAAUGGCAUUCGUCUCUACCGGUUUUGAUGUUUGAUACGACGACCACGCCCUUGCCGUCGAUCUUGAUGUCGGGCACCACCCCACCGCCCUCAUCCUUGUCAGACGCCAGCAGAUCGCGAACCGUCUCGUUGUAUAUCUAUCUAGACACACACGGGUCGGAUGCAUGGACACACACGACACUGCCUGGCCUGGCCUGGGGGAGAUGGGGGACCGACCUCUAUGAAGGAUGCCUCCACUUUGAAGGACCAGCCGCGCCUGAAUGGUGUGAGUGACCUACCUGUGUGUGUUGGUGUGGUGUGCAUGGUAUGGUGCCCACCUAUCUACCUCUGGAGUGUCUGUACGGUGGUGAAUAUGAGGUCGACGGCGCGCGGGAUCAUGCCCUUUGAUUGCUGAUGGAUGCCAUUCCAUUCCACAUACAACAUACAUUCGUUCAGGUGUGGUGUUGGUUGAGCCAGCCCCUCUCUCACCUGCCACUGCUCCUCAGAUGCGUAGUUGUCAGGGCCCUGCGGGUGGUGGACAGCAUAACGGUGCACAGCAUCCACCAUUUGGAUGGAUGGAUGGAUGUGUGUGUGUGUGACGUACCUCCAUGGUGUAGGUCUUGCCGGAUCCCGUCUGUCCGUAUGCGAAGAUGGCCACCCUGUAGCCGUCCAACGCACUCUGAACCAACCUGAUAGACAGACAUCACAUCGAUGGAUGGGCACAGAGAAAGAGACAUGAUUGGUGGACUGACUGACGCUUGUACGGGUGUACAGGUCUCCCUCUCUCUGUCUGUCGCUUGUUUCCCAUCUAUGUAUGUAUGAGUGUGUGUGUGUGUGUGUCUUUGUGUGCUGACUGUGCAAUUUCCUCAAACACGACCGCCUGGGCCGCGUUGGGGGCGAACACCUGCACAACACACAUAGAUGUGCUCAGCCGUCCGCCUGAAUGCGUUAUCGGUCAGGUAGAGUACCUUACCUACCUUAUCGAAUGUGAAUUUGUAUUGGUUGGAGUGUUCGUUGAGUCCAUCCACACUGCGCAUCUUGGCCGAGCACAGCGUCACCCCACAGCCGUCGGGACUCAGCUCAAGCUGACCCUCGUCCAAACCGUCAGACACCUCACGACCUGCCCACGUACGUGGACAUACACGACAGGACACAGGUGUGGUGUGGUCUGUCUGGGUGUGGUGUAUGUGUGUAUGCCAACUCACUACUGCGCGGUCGGAUUCUGCAGAAGACACGUAUGUUGCCUCGGAGCUCUUGUGCGAUGUUGUGCAGCUUCUUCCGGAGUGCCUCGGUGGCGUGCGAGUCCUCUAGCAGACGGACUAGAUACGCCUCCAUCUCCUAAGCACACACACACACACACAAACACACACAGAGGCGAAAUGCAAGCAGGGAGGAGAUGUGUGGAUGUGUGGAUGUGUGGGUGUGGGGGUAGGUAUAGGUAUACCGUGAAGUACCCCUUGAGUUGGUCCACUUGUUUCUGCUGCGCGAAGGCCUCGGCGUGCUGGGUCUGUGUGAGGGCGCAGCCCAGCCAGACACACACCAUCCGUACCGUAUGUGUGUGUGGUGUGGUGUGUGUGUCGUCCCCCACCUCCUUAUCGUGUUUGAGUCGCUCGAUCUUGGCCUCGUCCUCAGCUAUCAGCGCACGCGUCUGGGCCGCACCGCUCUGACAUGCACACACACACACACACACACGCACGCAUAUGUGUGUGUUCGGCCACUCCACUCCUCGGUGGUUCUUCCCUACCUUGAGGACCUCAUUUUGCUGUUCCUGUGCGAUGAUUUCCUUGUCGAGUGCGGCAUUGUCGGCCUCCAGGGUCUCUAUCGACACACGCAACUCCUCACUCUCCGUCUGAUUGAUGCAUCCACCCCAUGAUACACACAUACACACACACGGCAGGUGUGAUGAUAGGCUGGGCUGCUGGGUGGUGUUGUCUGCCUGCCUCAUAGUUGGUUUCGAGCUCCUCCAGCUGGCGCAGACUCUCCUCACGCUCGGCCGCCAUCUCUACCUGCACAUACAAAGCGCACAACACACACACACACACACAUGGAGGUCGGCCGAUGAAGUGAAACACGUGCGCAUUGCGUUCAUUCACGGAUUGGGUGGCAGGUUGACUGACCUUGGCCUGGUCAAGCUGCUCCAGCUGCUGCUUCAAUUCCUCUAACUCGCUACGCAAACGGCUCUCUACACACACGUGUGGUGCACAGCACACAUCGACACACACACACAUACAUACAUAUAAGUGCAGCCCAGCCAUAAGACCCCUCUUCUUCGUUUCGUCCCCACCCUCAUCGGCCGUCUGUGAGAGCCGGUUCGCUAGCUCCAGUUUCUUGGCCUUCAGCUCCUCCAAACUCACAUGCGGGGGCGGACCACCACUCCCACUACCCCCAGCAACACCAACACCAUGGACGCCGCGCACACGUGGGGACGCAGCCCGACGGUUCGCCGCAUGAGAUGGGGGAUGGCCCGCAACUCUGGUGGGCGGCUGGUGGUGGUGCUGGUGUGUGUGUGUGUUGGGUCUCUCCUUGAGGUUGGCUAUAGGUACGCGUCGUCCGCCGGGUGGGAGGGGAGGGAUGCCGCGGGAGGGGUGCGAUGGAUUGCCGGCCUCACGGGCUUCCCUGCAGAUGGGCGGGAUGGAUAAGAAAGGACACGUAUACACAUCAAUGUGAUGUGCACUGUGGCGCAAGGGCACUCACUUGGCGCUUGGGGCUCGACGAGCGGCGGUCUGAAGGGAAAAUAGGAUGGAUGGACGGAUGGAUACCGCGAGUUGACCGCAGCAGUUCCUUCCUUCCUUCAUCUGCUUACCUUAGUAUCUUUUUUUUAUAUAUAUAUGCUUACCUUAGUAUCUGAUGGCAUGGCUCUCCCUCUGGGCUCCCUCCCCGGCGUCUUCGCCCGCCGCAUCGACACAUCCUUGUCCGACAACGCCGGCGACGGAUGACGCACUCUGCGCAUCCGCACACAGCCAUCAACACAGCGAUCACCAUUGCGCCAUCUAUGUGUUCGUUCUUCCUUACACUUUGGCCCCCGAGGAUGCCGUGUGGCUGGCGUACGAAGCUGACGCAUCCCCGCCCCUGGGUGUGCCCGUGUCGGACGCCGUGUCUGUCGGAGGGACGGAUGGCUGCUGCAGCGGGACGUUCCUGGCAAAGAUGCUCUUGGCGAAGAUGCUCUUGCGGGUCGGCUGCCUCAAUUGGCUCUGAAAGUCCCUCAUCGAAC